AAUCCUGACGGCAGUGUAUUUUUAUAUUUAUCAUGUAUAAAUGCUUUUUACACGUGUCGGCCACGACCAAACUGAAAACUCUCCGCACGAGUGAUCCGAAUCAUUGCCUGCCACCCGCUUACCAUAUAUUGCCACGUCACCCUGGUGACUUUGUGCUUAAAACAAUUUUAACGGCUUCACUCUUCCCGCGCACGAUAGCAAUUAUCCUGCCCAGGCUCCGGCCGACGGCCGCGAAUCCUUAAACCCUAACGACAUUUCUCCAGAGUUGUUUCUUUUUUCUCGGCAAUCAAACGGAACAGGUUUUUUUUUUCCUUUCUUUAAUAGGACCUUGAUUGGCAAUUCCUCGAGCCGGCUAUUGUUUUUUUUCUUUUAGGAUUCGUGAGGCGCUCUUCUUUUUUGAAUUUAAUGCGGAACGGUUUUGGGGAAAAAAAUAGAAAUUUUUAGGAUUGAUUUGAUAGCGUACAGUAUGGGGAGCAUUAAGCCCUUGCCAGAGGCUGUUCGUAGUUCGGUGCGUUCUGCCAUUAUAUUGUUUGACUUGACUAGGGUUGUGGAGGAGCUCAUUUUCAACAGCCUCGAUGCUUCUGCUUCAAAGGUGUCAGUCUUUGUAAGUGUCGGGAGCAGCUAUGUCAAAGUGGUGGAUGAUGGAUCUGGUAUAUCUCGUGAUGGAUUGGUGUCACUGGGAGAAAGAUAUGUAACAUCAAAGCUUUACCAUCUGGGUAAUUUGGAUGCUGCCAGCAGGAGCUUUGGCUUUCGGGGAGAAGCACUGGCUUCUAUAUCUGAUGUAGCUUUGGUGGAAAUAAUAACAAAAGCUCACGGAAAGCCAAAUGGUUACCGCAAGGUCAUUAAGGGAUCCAAGUGUUUGUAUCUUGGAAUUGAUGAUGAUAGGAAAGAUGCAGGUACAACAGUUGUUGUGCGUGAUUUAUUUUACAACCAACCUGUUCGGAAGAAGCAUAUGCAAUCCAGCCCUAAGAAGGUGUUGCACUCAGUUAAAAAGUGUGUAUUCCGAAUUGCCCUUGUGCACCCAAUUGUUUACUUCAAUGUGAUUGAUAUUGAAAGUGAGGAUGAGCUUCUCAGUACGCAUCCUUCCUCUUCUCCUUUGUCACUUUUAAUGAGUGCUUUUGGGAUUGAGGACUGUGCCUCUCUGCAGAAGCUGAAUGCUAAUGAUGGUUCCCUUAAGCUUUCUGGCUACAUAACUGGCUCCUGUGACAAUUUUGCUGUUAAGGCCUUUCAAUAUGUUUAUAUCAAUUCGAGGUUUGUCUGCAAGGGUCCCAUUCAUAAGUUGCUGAACAACUUGGCCACUAGUUUUGAGUCUUUAGAUCCAGAGAAGGCUAAUAACUGGACCAAGAAAGGAAAAAGGAGUAGACCUCAAGUAUUUCCAUCCUACAUACUAAAUAUAAGUUGCCCUCCUUCUUUCUAUGAUUUAACCUUUGAACCAUCAAAGACAUGUGUUGAAUUCAAGGAUUGGGCAUCUAUACUUGCCUUUAUUGAGAAGACAAUUCAGCUCCUCAGGAGGAAAAAUAUUCAUAGUGCCAAUGGAUUAGGACAAGCUGAAACUUUGAAGGAAGAUGACAAUAUCUUACAUGCGGAAGAAGAUUUUUUUAAUGAAGGACCAUCUGUGGACUCAGAAUUUGCAACAAGGAAAUGUAGGACUCAAAAAUAUCAGCCUUCUACUUCAUUAGAGAAGCUAACAACAGAUCAUUUGUUUCUUACAGACCAUGAAGAUAUUCCAUUUGAGGAGUGCCAUGGGAAUAAUGCACAAUUUAGAGAUCAACAAAACAAUAUGAAAUUUGUUCAUUGGACUGACUAUUCUUUUCAAAGUUGGGAUGAUUCCCUUGUCAAAGGCACAUCCUCAGUAUUUGAAAGGAGUGAUUGUUGUCUUUUGACAUCUGAUAACAGUUCUUUAGUUGAGGAUUACUUCUUGGAAAAUAGAUUCACUGCUUCAGGAAGAUCGAACUGUUAUGUGAACAACAAUGGUAUAUGUUCAAAGUUAGGCAAUGCAUCCGAUAUGGUUGAGAGUGAUGUGACCAAUGGAACAGAUAGGAGCGUACUUCCUUUUGAUUAUCAUGAACAUUUCAAUGACUCACAGUUUAGAAAGAAUAUCAGCAAGCCUUUUCUGCAAAGUUGCUCCUCCCAAAGAACCGUGCCACUUGACAGGGAGUUGGUUGAAAAUGAGAAAGGAAUUGAACCACCGAUGGAUAGCUUUAAGACCAAAGUGAAGCAGGUUUGCUCAAAUGAAAGGUUCAAUAUGCUGAAAACUGAUUCCAGUGAUUGGACCAUGUGGCAGGAUGGAGGAUCAUGCAGUCAAAUUUAUCCCAAACUUGUAAGUAAAGGUGGGAUUGCUAGAGAUUUGGAUGUUCUAACAAGAGCUUCUGCCAAAUCGUUCCUGUCGUGUGGAGAUGUCCCUAUUGAAGAGAAUGGCCUUCCAUCUGAUUCAGUCACACCAAUAGAAAAAGCUGGCUCUGGUCAUCAGUCCUUAAGUUCUGAAUGGUGUUCAGUAACCUUUAAUCCCUUUGAGCAGUUCAGUUAUAAAAAUGCAAUUGAAGGGUGCUUCAGAUCUGAAGAAAGGACCAACUUUGGGCAUUUCUCUGCUGGUGAAGAUGAGGACAACCAAUUUAGUUUUGACCUAAUCUCAAGGAGCUCCAGCCAAGAAAAAUGCAUCCCUGAUUGCCCAAACACUGGACUAGAAAUUGACUAUGCCAAAUCUAGUAGAGAUUUUCGUGGAUUCCUUCAACAAUACAAUCUAAAUCGUACAUUUUCUCCAGAUGAUUCCAAUGUAGCAAUUGAAGAGAGAGACUGGUUGUGUACAGACUUAAGUAUUAAUGAAUAUAGAAGUCAAAGUAAUUGGUUUCAAUAUCAAGAUGUUGAACAAAAUCCUGUUCCUAAAGAAAGAUCAAGAAGAAGCCAGUCAGCUCCUCCAUUUUACAGCUACAAGAGGAGGUUUAUCUCCUUACAUCAUUGUUUGGCAACAGAGGAACCCACUUUUAGUGAAGUCCGUGGUCCGUUCACUUCUCCAGAGAUUGGUGAGAAGAAGCCUCCCCAACAAUCUUCUGGUGUGGACAAUUUGUGUUUUGAACCAAGUUUUGGAAAGACUAGAUCGAAUAUGAAUAACAAGACAAACAUGGUGUUCAGCACUGUAGUUCGAAAAUGUGAAGACAUUGAACAACCUCAUUGCCUAGAGGGUCCUGAAUCUGUUCCGGUGCAAGUAUUUAUCUCAAAGGGAAAUCGGGAUCCAGCAAAUUCUGGAACCAAAUGGCGGAGUGGUUUUGCACAGAAUACAAGCAACAGCAAAUUAUGUGAUAUUGACAAUGAAUAUAAUGUACUUGACAUUGCAUCCGGAUUGCCCUAUGUUGCCACUAAAUCAUUGGUUCCUGAAUCUAUCAAUAAGAAUUGUCUCAGAGAUGCCAAGGUUCUGCAACAGCUGGAUAAGAAAUUCAUCCCAAUUGUAGCUGGCAGAACACUUGCUGUUAUUGAUCAGCAUGCGGCAGAUGAAAGAAUUCGACUAGAAGAACUUCGACAACAGGUUUUAUCUGGGGAAGGGAAGACAGUCACCUAUUUGGAUGCAGAGCAAGAGCUGGUAUGCUUGUGCUAUGUGAAGCUUUACUCGGGGACCUUUGCAAUGUUUUUGUUUUUUUGUGAUUCUGGGGUUAACUCAUUAGUUGUCAAACAACAGAUCCUGCCAGAGAUUGGGUACCAGUUACUGCACAAUUAUUCUGAACAAAUAAGAAAUUGGGGUUGGAUCUGUGACAUUCACACCCAAGAUUCAAAGCCCUUCAAGAAGAAUUUGAACCUUAUUCGUCUUAAGCCGGCUGUUAUCAAACUUCUUGCAGUACCCUGCAUUUUAGGUGUCAAUUUAUCUCAUGUUGAUCUCUUGGAAUUUCUACAACAGCUUGCUGAUACAGAUGGAUCAUCAACAAUGCCUCCAUCUAUUAUUCGAAUUCUUAAUUCUAAAGCAUGCAGAGGUGCAAUUAUGUUUGGGGACUCCUUGCUACCUUCAGAAUGUUCCUUAAUUGUUGAAGAGCUGAAGCAGACGUCCCUGUGCUUCCAAUGUGCUCAUGGGCGACCAACCACUGUCCCGGUUGUGAAUUUGGAGACAUUGCACAGGCUGAUAGCUAAAAUGCAAAUAACGGAUGAUGGUCCAAGGGAAUUGUGGCACGGGCUAUGUCGACACAGAGUCACCCUUGAACGAGCCAGCUUGCGCUUAAGUGCAGCUGGAGGUUAGCUGAUGACAAACCAAACUCACUUUUUAAACUGAGUUGAUGCGGCAACCCACAUCACAGCGAGUGUUUUGAGUAUGCCUCCCUGAUUUCAAGCCUGCGAGAAGCUAGCAUCGAUGACGGAAGCAUUAUCCUUGGAUAAUUGACAAAUUCCUUGGGUGAUCACUCUUCAUUUCUUUCUUUCUCUGAUGUAUUCUAAAGCAACUGAUAAUUGGUGGUGGAUCAUCCCACUUGAUAGGGGGCUUAUACGACCCAUUUACUGAUUCUGUCUGUCUUUACAGGAAUUUGCACAUAAUAAUAAUAAUACAACAAACAUUUUAUAUUGCUAA